GCCGGCAGAUUUAUGUUUCUCAAUUCCAACAUCUCUAUAAGUCGCUCAGUUUCACUUUUUACCUCCCAAAGUAUACGAUGGCCGGAGGAGACCACCACCAGCAGGCGGAAGUCAUCCCGUUCAUGAUCGGAAUCCUCGGGAUGCUCGCCGGAGCAAUUGUCGUGGCGACCUACCACUGCAUUGUCGUCGGCUGCUACCAAAUGCACUCGCCCGAUUCCGCUGCGGCGAGGGAAGAGGAGAACGUCGACGGCCGGAGCACCAGCAGUAACUCGUCGGCGGCGUUGAUUCCGGUGGUGAAGUACAGCAAAGAGCAGAGCCUGAAGGCGAGUACCACGUGUUCGGUUUGCUUGUCGGAUUUCAGCGAAGGGGAACCGGUCAGGGCGCUGCCCGUUUGCUCCCACGUGUUCCACGUGGCGUGCAUCGACAGGUGGCUUCUCUCGCACCCGAACUGCCCGAUAUGCCGGGCCAACACGCUGCCCGUCCCGCACGUGGUGCUGACAGUACUAGAGCGGGACGGGUCCGUGUCCAGGGCGAGUGAGGGGAGUCGAACCGCGGGAAUAUCGGUUGGUUAUUUUGUUGUCUGAUCGAUUUUGGCUUCGAGAGGGAGCUAACUUUUUUUUUAACUGGGUUUGCAACCAAUUGGUUUUAUGGAGAAGUGGAAAUUGGAAGGAAAUACGAUUGGAUCAAAACCUAUUUGGAUCUGGUCAACUCCAUAUCGAUUCGACCAGAUUCAACCAAGUUUCUAACACAACGAUAGGUGAUGUACUAUGUAUACAUAUUGCUGUUGUUCUUCAUGAAUAUUUAUAUCGAAUCUCUUGUUUAGGAAAAUUGUAUAUUUAUAUUGAUAUGCUGGCGGAUUCAGAAAAUUUUCACAGGAGUGUCCUCUUUAAAAAUUAAAUUUAAUUAUAUAAUAAAUUAAAUAAUUUGUA